UCCUUGCGGUGCCCUACAGUGAUGUGAUGUAGCUACGGGACGGAGCGGACACAGAGAGAAGCGGGAAAGAAACGUCAAUACGGUUGGUUUUUAUUCGUCAAAUUCAAGUCUAUGCUGAUUUAGUUUAAGCGCGAUAUGGAUUUACUGUCUAAUUUAAUUUAAUUGGAAGAAUAUUGGAGCCAUCCACACAGCUAGGCGACAUCUUGUUCCUCACAUACCGGGAUACCGGAGGGGGGCAGAGAGAUAUUCUUUCCUUAAACCGUAUCCGUGACUAACUGUAUAGUAGUGGAAGACUUUUUCAAAAAUCACCAUGGCGUGGCCCUGUAUAACCAGGGCGUGCUGCAUGGCCCGUUUCUGGAACCAGCUGGACAAGGCUGACAUUGCGGUGCCUUUGGUAUUCACCAAGUACACGGACGUCUCCGAGAUGCAGCACAUCCAGCUGCAGCCGCCUCUCCACCCUCCCCAGGCCCGCGUCGCCAUAGAAACGCAGCCGUCUCGCUCAGAGCCCCGAGCGGCGGCGACGACGGCUGCACGCGCGCCACGGAGGAGCGUUUCCGAGGAGCGCGUGUGCAGCUCCGUGAUGCGGCAGGACUUUAAGCAUUGGAAAGUACGUCCCGAGCCAAGCUGUAAACCCAAGAACGAGUACCACGGCCCGGAGGCCCCCUUCAACAACGAGACCCAGUACCAGAAGGACUACAAGCCGUGGCCCAUCCCGAAAAGGUGCGACCACCCCUGGAUACCCAAACCGCCCGCCUCCGUGUCCAUCGGCGACCCGGAGAGGUCCAAGCCCUCCAAACAGCAUGCGGUGCUGGCGGAGGUGGACAGCGGCGUGGAGAAAGGCGCUAUCGCCGAUAAAGUGCAGGAGAAAGACAUUCUUCAAGGACAAGAGAGGAAAAAGAGGGCGAGUAAGAAAGUUGCGCUUAAAGUGGAAGGAGAGACGGAGAGCAGAGGGAGGGCGGCCGCGGAUGCUCUCAACAGGCAGAUCAAGGAGGAGGUGGCAGCAGGCAGCUCAUACAGAACUGAGUUCAAGGCUUACAGAGAUGUGAAGCCAGCAAAGAUGAUCCGGGCCAAGUCCCAGUACCUUCCACCAGAUGAGAAGACCAACCUGGAGACCAGCUAUAGUGCCACCUUCAGGGGCGAGCAGUCUAAGCUGCAGCCCACUGACAACAAGGCCCUGGAGAGGAGGAGGAUACGCAGCCUGUACAGCGAGCCUUACAUAGACCCCACCAAGCAGGUUGACAGAUAUAGUGUCCCGCGCUCUAAACCCAAAAAGGCGGGCAGCACAACGGCAGGCCAGGGCAAGCCAGUGAAGAAAACCAAAGAUAAGCAGAGCGCGGCGCUGAGGGGCUCCAAGAAGAAGACUUCGGAGAACCAGCCUGAGAACCGGCCGGCAGAGGGGGACAAGGAGAAAAGUAAAGAGAUGAACAACAAACUGGCUGAGGCAAAAGAAGAUGCUCAAGACGAGGUUCUCCGACCCAGUCAUCAUCAUUCCCAGGGUGCCGCUGGAGGAGAACCAGAACCCCUGGUGGAGAGACCCGAACCUCGGAGGAGCGGUGGAGUCGUACGCUUUGCCGUAGAUGUCCAGCAGACAGAUUAGAUCUGCCAAUGUGGAGGCAGCUAUAACAUAUGCAGAGACUGCUGCUCUGUACUGUACAUAUCUAGGAUUUGCAACUAAGUUGUACUAGAAAAAGAGAUGAAUCCCACUGAGAACUUUUCGCUAUCCAAGAGGAAACCCACAUACUGUAGAGCCCACGCAUGUUUUGAAACAGCUUUCGGCUGUUUGAUCCAAGGCAUUAUUGCAAAGGUGCUACUUUAAUUUCUGAUUAUUACAUGCUCUUGUUUUAAUAUAAUUUAAUAUGUUUUAUUGUCAGUAAUGUUAGAAAUACCACACCAUAAAGUGCUUAUACAAUGAUUACAAAAAACUGUACUGUACAUUUAUCAGUUAUAGUGUAA